UUCUAUUCUCCCUCACCGUAGCCUUCUUUGCUCGGCAUAUGGCAAGAUUGCACGGUACGAUUUUUCAGGAAUUGCCGUUCGGGAUGUCGCUGGAACAUUGGAUGCCACCCUGGCAGCAAGAAAAGUUUUCCCUUGCUCUCUGUCUUCCUUGAUUCUUCCGAGAAUCGGUAGUCGGGACUUGCGAUGUCAAUCUCCCGCACUGCAGCCGCAUCUCUGCCGCAGUGCCUAUCAAUAGUAGUAGCUGUACUGGGCUAUGUAUGGUCGAUGAACUAUGUCUGGGUUGUCUGGAACGCGCUGGAGCUCGCCUCUUCCCGGCAGCAAAAUCUCUGCCGUAUCUGACAUCAUUGCCGGUGUUUCAUCCUUGCCUUACCUUGGGUAGCCGAUGCCGAACCACCGCCAGGUUGCUGGGUGAAAAGCUUACUUGCUAUCGCAUCGAUCGAUCCAUCCCGUCAAUUAUCGUGGCAUCCCGAUCCUUUUUCUCGACAGCUCCUGUCUUCGGACUACUGUCGACCCUCCCCGAUCUCCUGAGUGGCAUGCCAUACUCCAUUCGGUCCAUUCUGCCCUGGAAGAUCCAUAUCCAUCCUCUCCUAAGGCCAUCAUCACACCACGAUGACGAAUCAGGAGCCAUGCUGGCCCACCGGCUGUUGUCCAGCUCCUGGCAGAUAGCGCCGCUGAAGGGGUAUAUAUGUUCCCUGUAAUGGUCCCUCGAAGCAUGUUUUGCUA